AUGGAGCAAAAACUCUCGCCUCACUACAAGUUUAAGAUGGCCCCUAGCACAGCUUUAGGUGGAAUUCUUAGCAAACUGAGGAUCAGGCCACACCUGAAAACAGUGACAACACCAGUGGUAGCUGGAUCAACAGGAGUCAGCCUCUUGUCAGGAAAAGCUAAGAAAUCAACAGGACGACCCCAUAAAGCUGACUCAUUAACCAAGACCAAUGGAUCAAGUGUAUCUUCAUCACACUCUUCUUCUAGAACCUCAACAGUUUCCCAACCAGCCAAAUCUGCUCUGAAUCUAUCAACAAAUAAGCAGAAAGAGAAUGGUGUGUUAGAUAAUGACUGUCAGUCUGACAUCAGUUCUUGUAGUUCUUAUCUAAGUGAUGAUGGUUCCAAUGCUAAAGGAGAAGACAAAUCAAAAAAUGCAGGCUCAACAAUUCAUAUUGAUGGUCUGAAAAAGAAGCUUAUUGCUGAUCAGAUUCGUCAGAGAGUCCAAAGUAAACCUACUCAAAGUUCAACCCCAUCUAUACUUCAGCCUAUGAGUAUGAAGAGAGGAAGGGGAAGACCAUCAAAGUCUAAUUCAAAAGAGGGAAUCGCAUUAGAAGAAAUUCAGGAAUAUAAACAACAACAGGAAGAACUAAAGAAACAGUUUGAGGCUAAUCUUAAAGAACAACAGAUUCAGCUCAAAAUGUUUAAAAAAGCUCAAGAAUUAAAGGACAUGGAAACUUCAGCUAAAAUUAAUCAGUUGUUAGAAGCUCAUGCCAAUCUUGGUAAACCAUUAUCAAGUGAACAGGUUGAAAGCCAGUCAACUUCUAGUACAUUUAAGCCAAAAUCCAAAAGCUUACAGGCUUCUAUUGAUAAAUUAAAAGCAGCAUCCAAGUUACCUUCUUCAGACAAUAAUAGUGCAUCACAAACUGUCAAACCCAGGUUGUCGUCCCCUACAGGCAGACACACAAUGACAUCACCUUCUCAUAAACAACAGACUUCUCACAAAACUAAAUCAGGAUCUCAAUCUCAUAAUCACAUAUCAAAACUAGGAUCUCCAUCCAGAAAACAUGUAGAUUCACCAACCAAUCUGUCCCUGGAUAUUGGAUCACCAAGUCACAAACAUGGUGAUAUUGGAUCACCAAGUUACAAAUAUGGUGAUAUUGGAUCACCAAGUCACAAACAUGGUGAUGCAGCAGUGUCUCCUCCAGUGCCAUCACCCACAGAAAGAUCAAAGUUAUUUGCAGAAUCAUUGUUUAAUAAAAUUCGAACAGAGGUCGAACAAGAUAACAAAAGUGAUGAAAACAUAUUUACACGAAUAAGAACUGAAUCCGAGCAAAAUACAACAUGUGACGAGGAUGAUUCAAGUGAUAGUGAUGGAUCUCAGGCUAUUGAGUAUGAUUCAGAAGACAGGAAUGAAGAGAGUGACACAUCAAAUCUUGCAAUGAAAAGGAGUGCUGAUGAAAUGUCUGAAGAUUAUGAUGGAUCAAGUUCAAAUAGUAAAAGACCGAGAGUUCAGACAGAUGAAAGAGAAUUAAAGGUACCUUUAGAAAGAGGCUGGAAACGAUCAACCACAAUACUUGCCAUUGGAAAGAGAGGGUUUAUAGGAGAAGUUCUUUACUUUGCUCCAUGUGGCAAAAAAAUGAAAACAAUUCCAGAUGUAAUGAGAUAUAUUGACAAACAUGUGAUCACCAACCUUGGGAGGGAAAAUUUUUCUUUCUGUACUAGAGUAAAUGUUGGUGAAUUCUAUGAACAAAGAGGAGAAGAAAAUGAGAUCGUCAAAUUAACACAGCCAGAAAUUGUUCAAAGAAUGACACUGAUUGAAAGUAAAAGACAGAAACUCAGAAAACUAAAAGAACAAAGAGGAAGGAAGAAAUCAGAGAAACAGAAUAAACAAAUUUUGUUAGCUAAACAAAUGAUGGAACAAAAAUUUAAAAAGAAGGUUGAACAGCAGGAUAUGGCCAAGAAAGCAGCAGAGUAUAGGCUUCAAAAGACAUCAGAAAAACAGCGUCUCAAGGAUAUGGCAUAUAGAAUCAAGCAUAUGAAAGCUUUAGAAAAAAGGAAACAACAGGAACAGCUUAGAUUGUUGAAAGAACAAGAAAAACUUCAGAGACAUGAACAAAUGAGAAUGGAGCGUGAAUUAAGAGCUCAACAGAUAUUGGAGACCAAUUUACUGUGGUAUCAUAUGGAGAGAGAUAGAGAAAUGAAAAGGCAGCAGGCUUUAUUGAUGAAAGAACAAGUUAAUACGGAUAGAGAAAGAAGACGUCAGCAUAUACUGUUGGUGAAAGCAUUAGAGACACAAAAGAAGCAGGCAGAGAAAGAUAGAAUUAAAGAAUCCAGAAUGGCUGAGAAGAAGAUUUCAAGAGAAAGAAAAAUGGAGCAAAGACGACAGGAGCUACAAUUACUUAGAGAACUAAGGAGACCAGUUGAUGACAUGCAGCUAAAAGAAGCCAGGGUAUUACCGGAGUAUCCCAGGAUAAAUGGAAUAGAAUUAAAUGGAACUGCAUUUGCUGAUAUCCUGAUGGUUUUGGAAUUUUUGCAUAAUUUUUCAGAUGCUCUUGGUUUUGUAGAAAGUGAUACCUUGCCAACACUGAGGACACUUCAGGAGGCUGUUAUUGGUAAAAAUGAGGAAGAUAUGGAAGACUAUAUAGCUCUGACUUCACAUCUCACUAGAUAUGCUGUAAUGGAUCCUGGGGUUCCAAAUCCUAAGGAGGCAGUAACAAAGCUAGGACAGAAGAUUAUAGAUGUUGAUGUUAGUGAUGGUGUUGUAUCUGAGGUUCUGUGUAUCUUCAUCACUGCAAGGAAUGGUAAACCAAAUGAGAUGAGUGAUUGGUUACAAGAGAAACCCUUAGAAUCACUUCAUCAAAACCAAAGAGCUUCAAUCUUGGCCUUCCUUUGUAAUGAGUUGUUAUGUGGGAAAUCUAUUUCAAGUGAAAUAGAGAAGAAUUUAGAUCACAUGGGUGACAUUCGAAGAGACAAAUGGGUAAUAGAAGGACAACUAAGAAGGUUGAGAGUAAAACAAGGAAAAAAGUUGCGGUCGCCCACUAAGCUAGUGAGAGAAGAUGAUAACUCAGUCCUGACAAAGGAUGGCGACGACAGUAUUCUAACUUGUCAAGAUGGUGAGGAGAGUAUGAGUGUUAGUAAAAGAGGUAGUGAUGACGAAGAGGAAAAAGAUGAUGAAAGUGGAAAUGAAUAUGAUGAAAAUCAGUCUGUAAAAGACAAUGAAGAGGAGGUGGAAGAUGAGAAUCUUAGUUUUGAAGAAUGUGAGAAAAAGAUUGAGAAGUUACAAAAGCAACAUGCUCAACAUAGAGCAAAAGUGUUCAAAGCAUCUCAUAGAGUUCGUGCAAUAACAUUAGGACAAGAUAGAUACAAAAGACGAUAUUGGGUGCUGCCCAAAGCAGGAGGAGUUUAUGUGGAAGGAUUAGAAUCUGGUCAUUUUGAAGAAACAAACACAAAAAUGGAUUGUGAAAUUAAAUCAGAAUCGACAAGCAUGGCAGUGGAAGAUACAAAAGCAAACAUUAAAGAUAUUAAGGAAGAAAAUGAAUCAUCUUCUUCAAAGCUGCAGAAAUUAAAAAGCUCAGAAAAUUCAAGUUUAGGAUCUUCAGAAGUAUCUGAUAAUGUGAAUAUUAAACAGGAAAGUAGUGAUUUCUCAGGAAAAAAAGAUAAUGAAGCUGAAAACACAAAUUCAGAUGUAGAAAUGAAAUCCUGCAAUGGUGAAAUUUCUACUUCAGCAGAUAAUAGUGCAAUAAGUUUACAAACAGAAUCAAAAAAUAUUUUCUUACAAAGUCCUACUUCAAAUAAAUUGAGUGACUUGUGCAAUUUAUCUUCAGUAAAGUCCGAGCGGACUGAGGACUCUAAUCUUAUCAUACCACAUGCUCAUUCGUCACCAUUGAUUACUCCAUACUUACCAUCUCCAUUCAAUAUGUUCUUCAACUCAUUUUCAAAUCAAACAACUGAAUCAAAUGCUAGUCCACUGCCAGCCCACCAACAUCCAAAAUCAUCUUCCACUGACUCAAAGUCAAGCUUUCUCAGUAUUGACACUCUACUUAAGAAGGAAAAGGAACCAGUAAAAACAUCAUCAUCAUCAAAUAUAUUCAGUACUUUUUCGUUAGCCCAAGAUCAAAUUACAUCAAAUGACGAUCAGAAGCCAUGGUUUAGUAUAUUACCAAGAAUGCCUUGUGAAGAUUUAUCAGUGGCUCAGGUCACAUCACAAUUGGGAAUGCAUGGUUCUUAUAAUUCACUUCCGUUUUUCUCACCAUUAACUGUUAGUGCCUUUCCCAUACAAAGUCCAGCUUUUUCAUCAUUCCAAAUAGGACAGUUAACAAAUUCAAAUCAGGAUGAGGGUGAAAUAAAACAGAAUUUGGAUAUCUCAGAGACAAAUAAUUCUUUCAAAAUUCCUAAUACACCAAAGAUGGAACCAAAUACUCCAAGCUUUUUUGAUCCAGGAGAAAUUAAUACUUAUGAUGAACCUCAACCCAUUGAAAAAGAAAUGACAGAAGGCUGGUGGAGAGUUAUAGAUCAGAAUCAAGUAAAGGAGUUGAUGAGAUGUUGUCAUCCCAGGGGAGUUCGAGAGAAGAAUCUUCAAAAAACAUUGCAGAAAUUUCAAGAAUAUGCUUGUGAAUCCUGUAGCAAAGGAGAUAAACAGAUUGUAUCCCUUGAAGCAUCUGACUCCUCUGAUUCUGAAGAGGAAAAUAAAGAAACUAAUGAAGACAAAAAAGAAGACAAUAAUGAGGAUGAGAAACAAGAAAAAAGAAAGAAGAAAAAGAGGAAAGAAUCUGAGGAAUCAGUUAUAGAUCAUGCUCACCAGGUUGAACUGACUGUGCUGGAUACAGUGGAAAAUCUGGAGGAAAGGGUGGCAUCUGCUAGUCUACAAGUUAAAGGAUGGAAAGUUCCACAAAGAAUCUCAGACGAAUCUGAUAUAACGCUGGUAGAUAGAUUCCAUGAAAAUCUCAAAGAGAAUGAAAAAUAUCCUCUAGAUGUUGCCAGGGAAAAAUUAAUCAACCUUGAGCCAAACAUAGAAAGACGAUAUCUUAAACCUCCAUUGUGUAAAAAUCAGCAGAUAAAUAUGGCUAACAUAUCUGCAUCUAGUUUCAACGAUGGGCAUGAUUCUAGUCAUUGUGAUGAAAAUGGAGAUGAAGAUGAGGAGGAACAACCUAGUACUCCAGCUCCUGUACCCUCUGGUCUUCUAACUUGGAGGAAUGCUGUGGCUUUGUCUAAAUCUCCUGCUCAGUUGACUUUAUGUGUUUAUCAGCUUAAUAAUGCAAUAUCAUGGGAAAAGUCCAUCAUGAAAGUGUUAUGUCAGAUCUGCCGUAAAGACGAUAAUGAAGCAGAAUUAUUGUUAUGUGAUGGCUGUGAUAAAGGUUACCAUACAUACUGUUUUAAGCCAAAGAUGGAUAACAUACCAGAUGGUGAUUGGUACUGCUAUGCUUGUAUAUCUAAGGCCACAGGUGAACCUUGCUGUAUAGUAUGUGGAAGAAAAAAUGGGAAGAUAAUUGAAUGUGAUCAUUGUCCAAGAGCAAUACAUAUAGACUGUUUAGAUCCACCAUUACCUCGGAUGCCCAGAAAAUAUGCUUGCCCGUCUUGUAUUUCAAAUCAGGGAAUGAAAAAGAAACAGAAAAGAAGUCCAAAGAAACGUAGAGAAAGUUUUGUCCGCAGAGAACGAAAAGAUUCUGAGACCUCAAUGAAAACGGUUGAAAUACCAGUUGAAAAGAAACGUGGUAAAAAUGUUGAAAAACUAAGAACAGCCGAGCAAUCAGACAACAUGACAGCAUGCAGAUUGGUAUUGACAGAAAUGGAGAAACAUGAAGAUGGAUGGCCAUUCCUAAAACCAGUCAAUUUUAAGCAGUUUCCAACUUACAAAAAAUAUAUAAAAAAUCCAAUGGAUUUCACUACAAUGAAAAACAAACUCAGGGAUAGCUUGUAUAAAACUAGAGGUGACUUUGCAUCUGAUACCAGACUUGUGUUCAAUAACUGUAUGAUUUUUAACGAAGAUGAAUCAGAUGUUGGAAAAGCUGGUCACACAAUGAGGAAAUAUUUUGAACAGAGAUGGAAAGAUCUAUUGUUAUCAUCUGAUUCUACAGAGCAGCCCUCUGUUGGAGAAGAUUGAAAUUCAUAAACAAAUAAUGCUAGGCACAUUCUUUAUUAUGUAAAUAGUCUAUUUAAUGUUCCAUGCUAGUGUUCAAUUUAUUUUGUCAAAUGAUUGUAUUUAUUGUAUGAUGGGUAUCUGGAUACUGCCUUUUAUUAUAUAAGAAUAUAUAUAUAUAUAUAAGAACAUGUCUACCUGUGUUGUGAUAAGUGUUUUAUUAAACUGUUGUUAUUCUUUACAAAAGGGGUGUGUCAGUACAUACACUGCCUGUAGCUUAAAAGUACAUUUGUAAACAAGAGGAUAUUAAACUAUUAUGUAGAAUAUUUUUGAAAUGUUAAAUCUCAAAAGUUGAAAACAUCUUUUUUUAAUAUAUAAUUAAAACAACUGCCGCUGGCUCUUUAAUUGUCAUUUGUCAGAACAAGAGUCAUAUUUAAAUGUUUCUGGUACAAAUGGUACAUGUACUUGAAAUUUUUAUGGUUUUAUGUUUUUAUUUUAAAUAUUUUUAUGGCAGAUCUAAGAUCUCUUUGCCAAAGUGUAUAUGAUCUUUUGGUGUCACUUGACAUCUGUCCUCCAUUGACCUUUGGAACAUCUUCUGAAUAGAUGUAGCAAACUAAGGACAAAUAUGGCAAAAAAUGUUCUUAUUGAUUUAUAAACAUAAUUCUGAUUUUAUAACAAAGAAUGAUGUCAUUGUAAAAAAAGGCUUUACCAAUGAUCUUCUUUGAUUCUCUUAUCUAAUUGUAAAUAAAUACAGAUAGGUCUUUGCAAAAUAUAUUUAAAUAGGAGCCUAUCCGCCAACCAAUAUGUCUGCUGUCUCAAAUCAAGUAGCUGUAACUAAAUAAGUAUUGAUAAUCACAGUCCAACUGUUUGAAUGUAUAGCAUAGGAUGAAGUUUUACAUAAGAGUCUAUGGGAUGUAAAUAUAUAGAAAACUAUUCAAAUAUUCUUUUUGAUCAAGCAAUAGAAAAGAAAUUACAAAACAGAGUUUUUUUUUUGUUUAAAAUAUGUAAAAAAUCUUCUAAAGAAUCAUUCAUGAGUCAAAAUCUAACAGGUAGAAAAUGAUCCUUGUGGGUGGUACUUACAGCUGAUUUUACCUCUAGUAUUGGCCCCCUUGCACUAAGGCAAGUUUAAUCAGAAUCAGAUCAUUAAUACUAGUAUGAAGUAUCCAUCCAUUAACAGGCACUUUUUAUUAUAAUAUUGUCUGUAAUAUGUGACAUUCUUUAUAAAAGAAGAUGAUUUUAAAACAAUUGAGAAAUUUAUCCUGUAUCACAUUUUUACAGUUUGCAUGCUAGUCUGUUCAAUUUAUAAAGUUACUCCUAAAAAAUAUUUAAUACAUAGAUAAAAAUUGUUGAGCAAUUUAUUAACAGUAAGCAUAAGUGGUAAAAUACUCUGUAAUUGAAUGACUGUCUUAUGAUAAAUAUGUCAUUUGGAAAUAUAUAAAGUCUCAAUGAAAGAGGAGCACAUCACACCAAAUCAUGAUAAAACAGAUCCUGUUUAUCCUUUAACUUUACUAUGAAGACAUUAUAACACAGAUUUAGAGACUAUUAUUUUUCGGAUAUUAUCUACCAAUUCCUUAACCUUGCAUCCUCUUUCUAAAGAACAGUAAGAUCCCAUGGUAUAUUCUUAAUAUCAACCAAGUGUACAAUAAGAUGUAUUAUUUAAUAACAAUUGUGGCAUUUGUGCAUAUUUCUUUGAUGAAUUAAGAAAUAAAGAGAAAUACUUAAAAUGUUUUAA